CUCCUUCUAAAAUUUCUUAAAGAACAAAGAAAAAAAAAGGGAUAAACUCGAAAAUAGUGAUGGGAGAAGGAAAGGUGUUCGCUUGGGGACGCUUAUGGGUGGAACUCUCAAUCCCGUUCUUUGAUGCUAACCAUGCGGCUUGAUCGUUUGAUGCUCAAGAAGAAUUACAUGAGAGAUGGAACUCAUCAUGAGUUGCGCGUUGGUUCCAACGAAGCUUCGCUGGUUCCAACGAAGCUUCGCUGGUUCCAACGAUGGACUGGAAACUGGCUAUUAUUGGAAAUUCUCCCAGCCAUACGAAACUCCGUUUUUGGGGGAUGCUUAAGUGCAACCGACAGAAACACCACCUGCAUAGUUAUUUGCCACCCUUGCAUUAAAUGUGGUCACAAGUUGCUGAUGGUGACUCAAGCAGCAUCUUCAGUCGGUCUUCAAUGGGAUUUCCAGCCUCUAGUUAGCAUCAAAGGACUUUGCCAUAGCGAUGAAGAUGUGAUAGAGAGAGGUGGAGUUGUCUCCAUGGAAGGGGGAUGCCAGCCACAUCCAUGGCCUCCGAUACGAGAAGGUGUGAUACCACUAACAAACAAUGACCCUUCUUGCCAUACCGCAUCGUCAGAGGGUGGUCUUGGUUGUUGUUACCUACCGGGCAUUGCAACACCAUGCACAGGCGACCACCAAGGGACCGUCGGCCGCUACUUGAUGGAUUUUCAUUGCUAGAGGGUAGCCAUCCCAUUUGAUUGUAGGGUUGUAACUGUUACCGGCCUCAAGCUAAUCGUACCGAGUUGUGUUGACUCUUUGUCUGUUUUCGAGAGCCAAUGAGAUAGAUAUGUAAUAGAUCUGGUCCUUUGUCCAUCAUUGGGAGCUGUGUUAAUGUAAUAGGAUCAACCUGUUUUCCAUUGAUGGGAACCAGUGAUAAAGAUAUGUAAGAGUG